AUGAAUAAGAAUAGAUUAAAACGCGAACAUGCAGGGAAUGAAAAUGAUUUAAAUGAGGUCGAAAAAUCAGAUGCAAAUUUGGGCCAAAAAGCGAAAUUUUCGAUAUUGGGAGUCCGAUUUUCAAUACUUUUGGUUACAUUAUUUGCUAUGACUACUGUUAAAGCCAAUGAAAUGAUUUUUAAUUUAGCAGUUCUCUGUAUGAUAUCGAAUUCAACUUCUCAUGGAGAAAAGGUCGAUCUUUCGCCACACUUAAUAAGUACGAUAUUCGCAAGUAGUGCGAUGGGUGGAUUUAUAUUUGUUUUACCUUUAUCAAUUGCACUUCGCCGUUGCGGUGGACGCAUUAUAUUUUCAACGUUAAUAUUUUUAUCAUCAUUUUCAACAGCUUUAAUACCAUUAGCUGCAAAGACAGAAGCACAUUUGAUUAUUCUUAUAAGAAUGAUACAAGGUAAAAUUUUAUCUUUGUUUAUUUUAUCAUUCUUUUCUGACAAAUAUAAUAUUCAUUUAAUUGCUUGCAAAAAAUAUUUAACAUUUAUUUUAGGUAUGGCAUUCGCAUCAUCAUCGCCCAUCGUAGGAUGCCUUUCAUCUAGUUGGGCUCCUGAAUCUGAACUUGGUGAAUCGCCCUUUGUUAUUAAAGAUUGCUCGAAAAUUUUUAGUUAUUCAUGUAUAUUUUUCGGUUGGCCUUAUACAUUCAUUUUUCAUUCCAUACUGUCAACUUUAUCAGCACUGAUAUUUGCAUUAUUCUAUCGAAAUAGUCCGGAAGAUCAUCCAUUAAUAACACGAAGAGAAAUUAACUUGAUUUCUAAAAGAGCUGAUAGUAGAUCAAAUAAAAUACAAACGAUACCGUAUUAUGACAUAUUUAAAAGCAAACCAGUUUGGGGCGUGUGGAUUGCAUAUUUGGGAAUCCCUUUUGGAUUCCAAUUUACAGCACAAUUCAUGCCACUUUACUUCAAUAUGGGCUUAGAAAUAUCGUUUGAACGAACUGCCUUAUCAACUAUGGUACCACCAUUGGUUGAAUUUUUUAUAAAGAUUUUAGCGGGUAUAUUAUCAGAUCGAAUUACGUUUAUAAAUGAAAAAAAAAAGCUUCAAAUAUUUAGUACAAUUGGAAUGGUUGGAUGCGGCCUCUUUAUACUGCCUUUAGGAUUUCUAUCUAAAGAUGAUUCGAGUAUAGCAAUAUUUUGCUUCACGGCGAGUAUUAGUUUUAUUGGCAUGACAGCUUGCGGUCCAAUGAAAAGUGCUAGAUUAAUUGCAGGAUAUUUUGCUCAAGAAAUUAUGGCUAUUAUCCAACUAUUAUUAUGUGUUGGUAAGAUUCUUAUACCAUUUGUUGUAAAUUUCUUGGUACCUCAUUAUUCGAUUGAAGAAUGGCGUAUCGCUGUGAUUUUAAUAGCGAUUAUUCUUUCUUUGUGCAACGCUGUUUUUUGUUAUUUUUGUAGUUCUUAUCUACAACCUUGGGCAUUCAAUUCGAGUUAA